CGUGAUUAGGGGGGUUCUUUCCCUGUGCUGUGGGCCAUUCAACGACCCAUGUGCUCGCAAUGACACGAAACCACGUGCUUGCAACGCCGCGGGGGCAUCUAUAAAUACGACUGCUCGCCGUUCUCUUGUUCUUGCCUACUCCGCUUCGGAAUGGCGCAGGUCUGCCAUCGAGCUGCCAUCGGCAAUGACGAUCGUCGCUGUGAAUUUUGCAGCAAACUAUUCACGCAGAGGAAGAACAUACUGCAACACAUCAGGAACAUCCACAAAGUGGCCAUGGAUGUCAAGAAAUUAGUGAAAUGCGACGUAUGUGGCACCGCCGUGCCUACAAUGGAGAAGUAUUCGGAGCACCACAUCGCUGCUCACAACUUCGACGCUGAGUACGCGCACAUGGCGUUCCGGAACGAUAAGGAAUUUCAUGGAUGGAAAGCAGAAGAAGAGGCUAGCCAGAACUGCUGGUUGCAGAAGCCACAUCCUGAUAGAGGCCGAAAUCAAAAAUGCAUGUGUACUUCGGUAUAGCCGCACAUUGAAGAUCCCAGGUCGCAGAGAUUCAUCCGUAGCCCUCGCUCCCAUUUCAGCAUCUCUUGUAGCCGUUGCCCUAAAUUUUUUACUGCGAUUUAAGAGUAAUGUUUGUGCUGUAACCUUGUACCCCUCUUAUUCAAGCUAAAUAAUGUGCAUGCAAAAUUAUCUCUAUUUCUCUACACCAUAGUGCCCAUAGCUGGGUUUUGAUUUUUGACGUGUCUGCGUGUGCUAUAGCAAGGAUUUUCAACCAUCACUCACAGAAGAAAAAAAUUGUCAAGGAACCAAGAAAUGGUGUGUAGCAGUUCCUUUAAUUCGGUGACAAAUUUUGCAUUGUUUAACCGUGUGUUAGCAACAUUGUGUUACCUUACUGCUUUGGAACUUUAUGGUUUUGUUCAAGCAAGAUGUACUUUGAAUAUUCUGCAAAUUCAUUCUGUCUGCACUUGUUACAAUAAAAUUUUAGAAAUGUACGAAUCCAGUGUGAUGGUUGCAUUGAAAGCUGCAAUAUGCUGAUUUCAGUUUCACGUUUCAAUUUUCUCAGAGCCCCAAAGAAAGCACCUUCGCUUAUAUAAUUUCCACAGUUCGUCGGAUCUGCAUUUUUUUAGAUCUUGUCUGCA